AUGAUGUACUCUUCCCAAAACUCGGGCUGGCAGGUCCUGGCGGCCAAGAAAAAGACACUGGUGUCUUGCAUUCUCGGGCUUUUCUUCAUUGCCAUGGUGGCAGACCUUCGAGCUGGUUUUGGAACUGACCAGAGCCAGAAAACUCUCUUCAAGAGGGAUAACACAGCCACCGACGCUGCCAUUUGGCAGCCAGCAGCUGGUGUCAAGUGGCAGAUUCAACUGAUUGAUGCCGUGGAAGACACCACGGUCGACGCUGAUAUUUGGGACAUCGACCUGUUUGACAACACCGCUGAGACAAUUACCACCCUCAAGAACAAGGGUCACAAGGUUAUAUGCUAUUUCUCUGCUGGCACAUACGAAGACUGGCGGUCGGACAUUAGCAAGUUCAACUCGGCAGACUUUGGCAGCAACCUUGAUGACUGGCCAGGCGAGCGCUGGCUCAACAUCAAAUCGGACACCGUUCGAUCUAUCAUGAGUGCUCGUCUGGACAUGGCGAAGGAGAAGGGCUGCGACGGUGUCGACCCAGACAACAUUGAUGCGUACGGAAAUUCGAACGGACUCGGACUCACUGAGGCUGAUUCCAUCGAUUACCUCACUUUCCUUGCUUCUGAGUCCCACUCUCGGGGCAUGUCCAUCGGGCUCAAGAACGGUGGCGAUAUCAUAGGCUCUGUGAUUGACAAGAUGCAAUGGUCUGUCAAUGAGCAGUGUGCAGAGUACAACGAGUGUGAUGUCUAUGCUGCUUUCACCAAAGUCAACAAGCCUGUUUUCCACAUUGAAUAUUCUGAUGAGACCAUCGAGUCCAGCGGCUCUGACACUGCCGCCAAUACCACGACAGACACUGACAGCGAUGCUACCACCACGUCCAGCACUCCUGAUGCCACUGCCACGGAUACCACAACCGAAAAUGAUAGCGAUGAAGCCACCACUACCGUGGCAUCAACCCAAGCCUCUGCUACUGCUACAAGCACGGCUAGCGUUGCUACCAAGGCUGCCACUACUGCUGCUGCAGCUACAACUACGGACACCACGGACACCACCAACAACGCCGAUGCCACUUCAGAUGAUAGCACCGACGAUGCUGAGGACGAAGACGACGAAGAUGAUAAUGAGGAGGAUGAGGAUGACGGAGAUGAGAGUGAGAGCACCGACGUCAAGACCAAGCAAACGUACGGGCACGGUCACCACAAGCUCCGAACCAGAGCUGCUCUCUCAGCCUCACUCAAGAACACAGCUUGUAACGCGGCCAGCGCUGACAAAUUCUCCACUGUCAUCAAGAACAUGAACCUGGAUGCUUGGGUUGAGUACUGCUAG